AUGUUGGUGGGUCGACGCGCGGCGGCGGCGGCGAGCGGGCUCGCGCUCGCGGCGGCGCCGGAGGCGGCGAACGCGGCGAUGGAGGCGACGCGCGUCGCGACGGAGGUGGACGACGGUGGAUUUCUUCAGGGCUUGUUGUUGAUUUUGUUCAGCGAGAUUGGGGAUAAGACGUUUUUUAUCGCGGUUUUGUUGGCGACGCAGGCGGAUAAGAAGGCGGUGUUCGCGGGGACGUACGGGGCGCUCGCGGUGAUGACGUUGAUCUCCGUCGCGUUGGGCGGUGUGUUGCAUCAGGCGGACGAGGCGAUCACGUUCCAGAGUUCGAUCCCGUGGGAUGACGUGAUAGCGGCGGCGCUGCUGCUGUACUUCGGCGUGACGACGAUUCAAAAAGCGGACGGCGCGGAGGAAAGCGCGGAGGAGGAGGAGGCGGACGCGAAGGACGCCGUGGAUGGCCUCCUGAGCGGGUCGUUCAGCGGUGAGAUGGCGCUCGUCGCGAGCACGUUUGGCGUUGUAUUCGCCGCGGAGUGGGGCGAUAAGUCGUUCUUCGCCACGAUCGCGCUCGCGGCAGCCGCGGAUCCGGGCGCGGUCACCGCGGGGGCGCUCGCCGGUCACUUUAUCGCCACCGCGGGCGCGGUUGUCCUCGGCGACGUGGUGAGCGAAAAACUCUCGGAGAAGGUUGUCGCGUACGUCGGUGGUUCUCUCUUCAUCUUGUUCGCCCUCGGCACGGGCAUCGACAUCGUCCAAAAGAAGAAGGACGGGAACGAUGACGACGGCGAGGACGGCGAGGAGGCUGACAAUGAGCAAAUGCGUCAGUACGAGCGCGAUCGUUUGCGUUACUACUACGCCAUCGCCGAGUUCGAUACCGUGAAGACGGCGAUGGGCGUGUAUCACGAGUGCGAUGGGAUCGAGUACGAACGAUCGAGUUUUAAGCUCGAUUUACGAUAUGUGCCAGAUGACCAAUCGUUUGAGGGCCGAGAGAUUCGCGACUCGGCGGCGGACAUUCCUCCGGAUUACGAAGCGCCAGACUUCCAAGUGAAGGCUUUGCAACACUCUAACGUCAAGUUGUCCUGGGACGACGACGAUCCCACGCGUAAAAAGACGUUCAGAAGGAAGAUCACGGAGGACAACCUCAAAGAUGAAGACUUCGCCGCGUACCUGGCGACGGAUUCUGAAUCCGAAUCCGAAUCCGAAUCCGAAGAGGACGAAGAAGCAGCAAAGGCGGCAAAGAAGGCGUACUUGGCCAAAUUAAUCGGCAAGGAAGGUACCGACGACGGAGAAGACGGUGGAGGCGAUGACGAAGAAGAUGACUUUUUCCUCGACGAAGACGACGGGGAGGACACCGCGAAGGCUUCCACCAAAGCCUACAAGGAAAAGCGCGAUAAAAAGAAAUAUGGCUCGAAAUCUGGAACGGGGGACAUGGAGGUGACGUUUCACGCCGGCCUCGAAGAGUUCGGCGCGCGCAUUAAGAAGAAGCAGAAGGAAGGAAAGCUGGGCGUCAAGGAAACCGUGUACGAAAAGCAAGAGCGUUUGCGCAAGGAGAAGCGCGAAGCCAGGAGACUGGCCUCGAAGAAAGGCGACGACACCGAAGAUGAGGGCGACGAUGAAGAAUUCGCCGAUGGUGAAGAACCGGCCACAUUCGACGAUCCAUUCUUCAUGGAUGAUGGAGGAGACGUCGAUUUCGACGCCGAGUACGAUUCGGAUGACGGUGCCAAAAAGGCAAAGAAGAAGACAAAGAAGAAGACGUUCCAAGAUGACGACGAAGCGCCGAGUAAAACGAGCUUGAAGAAGGCGAAAAAGAAUGCGAAGCGAAGCGAGGUCGACGAGAAGGCGCAGGCAGACUUGGAACUUCUCAUGAUGGACGAGAAACACAUUUUAGGCAAAUCGGAUGGUAUCUCAGCUCGUAAGACGAAAGCGAGCGUUGACGGCGAAGAACCCGCGAAGAAGAAAUCGAGGAAGGAACGCUUGGCCGAAAAACGCCGCCUUCGUGGUAAAGCCGCUCGUAGAGCCGAGAGUGACGACGAAGACGACGGCGAAGGGGUCAAACUGGACACCGCAGAUGAUCGUUUCGCCGGUUUGUAUGAGUCGCAUCAUUUCAGUCUUGACCCCACGGAUCCGCGCUACAAAGAUGUGCAGAACAAGAAUGUCAUCAUCAAUGAGAGGGAUAAGCGGCGUAAGAGUAAAGUCGAUGGUAAAAAGAGCAAGACACUCAGCGCGCUCGAGUCGGAGGCUAAGGAGAUCGGAUCUUCAGAACUUCAAAAUAUGCUUUCUUCUCUCAAGCGAAAAUCUAAAUCGAAAAAGUAG